GCUCGUAUGAUCCGGCAGGAGCGAGGUAACGCCCUAUUGGUAGGCGUGGGGGGCACGGGGAAACAGUCACUGACGCGGCUGGCGUCCCACAUGUGCGGCAUGCGCUGCUUCCAGAUAGAACUGAGCCGAGGUUAUAACUACGACAGCUUCCAUGAAGACCUGAGACGACUGUUCAAGAUGGCUGGGGUGGAGGGCAAGGACAUGGUGUUCCUCUUCACUGAUACACAGAUUGUGGUAGAGGAGUUCCUAGAGGACAUCAACAACAUGUUGAACAGUGGAGAGGUGCCCAACCUGUUUGAGAAGGAUGAUCUGGAGCAGGUCCUGGCUGUCACACGGCCCAGAGCCAAGGAGGCCGGCAUCAACGAGGGAAACCGAGACGAGGUGUUCCAGUUCUUCAUCUCUCGGGUCAGAGAGAAGCUGCACAUUGUGUUGUGUAUGAGUCCUGUAGGAGAUGCCUUCAGGUCCCGCUGUCGUAUGUUCCCCUCUCUGGUCAACUGCUGCACCAUCGACUGGUUUGUACAGUGGCCCCGUGAGGCCCUCCUCUCCGUGUCCCAGACCUUCUUCCAGAACGUGGAGUUUGGCAGUGAGGAGAUGAAGGAUCGUUUCAGUGAGAUGUGUGUGGAGAUCCACGUCAGUGUGACGGACAUGGCCGAGAGGUUCUACUCUGAGCUGAGACGACGCUACUACACUACUCCCACCUCUUACCUGGAACUGAUUAACCUCUACCUGGCCAUGUUGGGAGAGAAGAGACAGCAACUAGUGGCUGCUCGUGACAGGGUAAAGAACGGUCUGACUAAGCUGUUGGAGACCAACGUGUUGGUGGAUAAGAUGAAGAUAGACCUGUCAGCCCUGGAGCCUGUCCUCAAACAGAAGUCUAUAGACGUCAACGCCCUCAUGGGGAAACUGGCUGUUGACCAGGAGAGCGCCGACAAGGUGCGUAAAGUGGUGAAGGAGGAUGAGGCCUUAGCCAAGGUGAAGGCUGAGGACACCCAGGCCAUAGCAGCCGAUGCCCAGAGGGAUCUAGACGAGGCUCUGCCCGCUCUGGAAGGUGCCAACAAGGCCCUGGACUCACUGGACAAGGCAGACAUCUCAGAGAUCAGGGUCUUCACCAAACCACCCGACAUGGUCAUGACCGUCAUGGAGGCUGUCUGCAUCCUGCUCGGCAGCAAACCAGACUGGUCCAGUGCCAAGCAGGUGCUAGGUGACUCCUACUUCCUCAGGAAGCUGAUGGAAUACGACAAGGAAAACAUUAAGCCCCAGAUCCUCCAGAAGCUCCAGAAGUAUGUGAACAACCCGGACUUCGUCCCUGAGAAGGUGGAGAAGGUGUCCAAGGCCUGCAAGUCCAUGUGUAUGUGGGUCCGGGCCAUGGACCUCUACUCCAGAGUCCUGAAGGAGGUCGGACCCAAGAAAGAAAGACUGGCCGCCGCACAGAUGGAGCUGAACGCUACCAUGGCAACUCUGAAGGAGAAGCAGGCCCAGCUACAGGAAGUACAGAACAAGAUUAAGAUCCUCCAGGACCAGUUUGACCAGAGCAUCGCAGAGAAGGAGGGUCUGGCUAAGACCAUGGCUCUGACCGAGGCGAGGCUGGGCCGGGCAGGGAAGCUGACAGCAGCUCUGGGGGAUGAGCAGGUUCGCUGGCAGGAGAGUAUCGAACUGUUCGAACAGGAGAUCCACAACGUGGUGGGAAACGUCUUCAUCGCUGCAGCCUGCGUCGCAUACUACGGAGCCUUUACAAUGCAUUAUAGACAACUGCUGAUAGACCAGUGGAUUGCGCGAUGCCAGGAGUUGGGCAUCCCCAUCAGCGCCAGCUUCAGCCUCAUCAAUAUCCUGGGCAACCCCUAUGAGAUCCGCCUGUGGAACGCCGAGGGGUUGCCCCGAGACACCGUUUCCACUGAGAAUGGAAUCUUGGUUACUCGGGGACACCGCUGGCCACUCAUGAUCGACCCUCAGGAUCAGGCCAACCGUUGGAUCCGUUCCAAGGAGACCAAGAACGGUCUGAAGGUGAUCAAGCUGACUGACUCUGGUUUCCUGCGAACCCUGGAGAACGCCAUCCGCAUGGGCAUGCCCGUACUGCUGGAGGAGCUGAAGGAGACUGUGGACCCGGCUCUGGAGCCCAUCCUGCUGAAGCAGACGUUUGUGGCGGGCGGCCGCACCCUCAUCCGCCUUGGAGACUCCGACAUCGACUACAACAAGAAAUUCAGGUUCUACAUGACCACCAAGAUGGCCAAUCCCCACUACCUACCUGAGGUGUGUAUCAAGGUGACCAUCAUCAACUUCACUGUGACCAAGUCUGGUCUGGAGGAUCAGCUUCUCAGUGACGUGGUUCGUCUGGAGCGUCCUGACCUGGAGGAACAGAGGAACCAGCUGAUUGUGAGGAUCAACGCCGACCGCAACCAGCUGAAGGCCAUUGAGGACCGCAUCCUCAAACUGCUCUUCAACUCCAAGGGAAACAUCCUGGACAAUGAGGAGCUGGUGCAGACCCUGCAGGAGUCAAAGGUGACGUCAGAGGCCAUUAAGCAUCGUUUGGAGGAGGCGGAGGCGACGGAGCUCAUGAUCAACGCGGCCAGGGAGCGCUACCGGACCGUGGCCACGCGAGGCUCCGUCAUGUACUUUGUCAUUGCCAGCCUCUCUGAGAUAGACCCCAUGUACCAGUUCUCCCUCAAGUACUUCAAACAGCUCUUUAACUCCACCAUAGAGAUAUCAGAGAAGAGCAGUGUUCUGGAGGAGCGCCUGCAGAUCCUCCUGGACCAGACCCUACUCACCAGCUACACCAACGUAUCCCGGGGACUGUUUGAGCAGCACAAGACCAUCUACAGCUUCAUGCUCGGUGUGGACAUCAUGCGCCAGCGCGGCGAGGUCUCUGAUGCAGAGUGGCAGCACUUCCUGCGAGGAGCUCCCCCCCUUGACAAGGAGCAUCCAGAGAGGCCUGAUGUGCCGUGGCUAUCAGAGUUUGCCUGGCAGACCUGCUGUGAGCUGGAGGAUACUCUGCCCUGCUUCAACGGCAUCAAGAGAGAGAUCACCGCCACACCCAUCUCUAUAAAACUAGGUCGUCUGGAAGUGCGUAUCAACCCAGAGAGCUGGAAGGGCUACCUGUCUGACUCCCAGCUGCCUCCCUACCCAGAGGAGACGUCUGAAGGAGAGGAGGAGCAGGCAGACGGGGUCAGGGGUCACUGGGAUCAGAGACUGGGGGCCUUCCAGAAACUGGUGCUCAUCAAGAGCUUCAUGGAGGAGAAGGUGGUGUUUGCGGUGACAGAGUUUGUGAUCGUGAGCCUGGGGAAACAGUUUGUGGAGAACCCUCCUGUAGACCUGGCCACCCUCUACAGUGACAUGUCUCCCUCCACCCCCCUUGUCUUCAUCCUCAGUACCGGAUCAGACCCUAUGGGAGCCUUCCAACGCUUCGCCAAGGAGAGGGGAUACCUGGACAGGGUGAAGUCUAUAUCUCUAGGCCAGGGUCAGGGUCCUAUAGCAGAGAAGAUGAUUCUGGAGGCUCUGAAGAGUGGUAACUGGAUAUUCCUCCAGAACUGUCACCUGGCUGUGUCCUGGAUGUUAGCCAUGGAGGAACUCAUCAAGACCUUCACUGAGCCCGACACGGUGAUCCAGGAGAACUUUAGGUUGUUCCUGAGCUCCAUGCCCACCAAGGUGUUCCCUGUCACCGUCCUCCAGAACUCUGUCAAGGUGACCAACGAGCCUCCUAAGGGUCUACGUGCCAACGUGCGCCGGGCGUUCACUGAGAUCACCAACAACUUCUUUGAGGAGCACAUCCUGGGACGCCAGUGGAGGAAGAUCAUCUUCGGAGUCUGCUUCUUCCACGCCAUCAUACAGGAGAGGAAGAAGUUUGGUCCUCUGGGCUGGAACAUCCGUUAUGAGUUCAACGACAGCGACAGAGAGUGUGCCCUGCUCAACCAGAACCUCUACUGUCAGACUGGCCACAUACCCUGGGACGCUCUCAUCUACAUCACUGGUGAGAUAACAUACGGAGGCCGGGUGACUGAUGCCUGGGACCAGCGCUGUCUCCGCACCAUCCUCAAAAGGUUCUUCUCCCCUGUCACCCUGGACCCAGGAUACACCUUCUCCACCUCAGGGAUCUACUUUGCCCCUGAGGCAGACAGACUGAGUGACUAUAACAGGUACAUAGAGAACCUUCCUCUUAUAGACGACCCUGAGAUCUUUGGUAUGCACGAGAACGCCAACCUCGCCUUCCAGCGCCUGGAGACCAUGACCCUGAUCAACACCAUCCUGGAGGUACAGCCUAGGUCGACGGCCCGCGGCGGGGGCAAGAGCAACGACGAGAUCGUCCACGAGCUGGCCGACUCCAUCCUCGCUAAGAUACCGGAGUGUCUGGAUAUGGAUGAGGCAGAUGAGGCUCUGUUUAUUCGUGACGCCAACGGACGCCUCAACUCCCUCACCACAGUCCUCGGACAGGAAGUAGACCGCUUUAACAACCUUCUGCGGGUCCUCAGGGUGUCUCUGUGUACCCUCCAGAAGGCUAUAGCAGGGCUGGUGGUGAUGUCAGAGGAGAUGGAGAGGAUCUACACCAGUUUCCUCAACAACCAGGUUCCAAACCACUGGGCCAACUCAGCCUACCCCUCCCUCAAACCCCUAGCCAGCUGGGUUAAAGACCUGGCCCUCAGGACCUCUUUUAUAGAGAGCUGGAUCAUGCGGGGUCAACCCAAAUCUUUCUGGAUCUCUGGAUUAUUCUUCCCUCAGGGCUUCCUCACUGGGGCGUUACAGAACCACGCCAGGACCUAUAACCUCCCCAUCGACGAGCUCAACUUCCGCUUCAACGUGUUGCCGGUGUACCGUGACCAGGGGGCUGUGAGCGAGGCGCUGAAGACCCUAUCGGCCGGGGGCGAGCUGGACAUGGACUCUGAGCUACCCACCAUCAACGACGGCGUGCUGGUGCACGGGAUGUUCAUGGACGCCAGUCGCUGGGACGACGUCAACAUGGUGAUGGAGGAUGCGUUGCCGCGGGUGAUGAACGCCAUGCUCCCCGUGGUGCACUUUGAACCCCAGCAGAACUACGACCCUGAUCCGUCUCUCUACCAGGCUCCGCUGUACAAGACCUCAGCUAGGGCUGGGACUCUGUCUACUACAGGCCACUCUACUAACUUUGUGGUGACGGUGAUGCUGCCGUCCAGCCUGCCUAGUGACUACUGGAUCACCAAGGCCUCAGCCCUGCUCUGUCAGCUCGACGAGUAGUGACCUAACCACAGGCACCGCACUACACACACACAACUACGGACCAUCUCUUCAGGACUUCUGUACUUCUGCACAUUCAAUACCAGCUGCACUGAUGAAGCCCUGAUGAAGCCCAUUCUCUAUGGACUCUUGUUUUCUGGAAACCAAAUACUUUUUCUAACGUCUGUAUUGAGACGUGUUCUACUGUAUACUCUCUUCCUGCUAAUGAAUUGAAGGGAUUAUUUAUAUGGGGGCCCAAAAUUGCAUUUUUCUUUUAUUUUCUGAGUUUCUUUGCUUUGAUUAAAUGCCAUGUAGCA